CUACUAGCACUUAUCCUCAGUUAGUAGCAAAAUUCACAUUUAUGGAUAAAAACUGCUGUUUUUUGGAGAUGACUUAUUCAAUGAUAUCUUUGGUGUAACAUUUCAAUGUGUAGUUUUUUGUUAGAAUGUCAGUAGAUAAAUAGGUGUAAUAGCCGUAUCAUGCUCACACUUUCACAAAUUACCCUUCUUAGCUAAGCUUCAGCUUGUAUUGUAACGUAUCAGGCAUAUGCUCUAAACACCCGAUUUUCUAAUUUUAUAUGUAUUUUUGUUUUGAUUUACAGAAACCCCUCUUGUAACCAUGGAUCUUUUGAACCAUUAACAGAAAUAUUAGUAUUCUUUGCCAAUAUUUCAUGUUACAAAAAGGUAGUUCGUUAUCUCAUGCUUGAAGUUAGACAGGGUAUUACGCGAAUAGUGUAGUGGAGUACAAUGUCUGCCCACAAAACAUUAAUUAUCAAGCGGAAACUUGCCAAAAAAUUGAAGCAAAACAGGCCCGUUCCACAAUGAGUUUAGAUGAGGACAGGAAACACCAUAAGAUAUAACGCUAAGAGACGUCAUUGGCGCAGAACCAAGCUUAAGUUGUAAUAAGUUGAAUUCUUAUGAUUAAUUAUAAUUUAAUAAAUAAUUAAAAAAAUGUUGUUUCAGUUAGGCUGGAAGUUCGUAAUACUACAGAAAAAUAUGUCCUAAUAGCAAGGAGUGAGUUUUAAUCAUAAUUUUCAACCACCAUACAUUUUCCUUUCACACUCAAUAUUUUUGUUGGCUUAUUUGGCAACAAAAAUGGAAUAAUUCAGUACUUUCCUCUAUUUUCGAGGUCACUGAAAAGUCUGCAUUUCCAGUGAACUGUUCUCUGGGUAUCUCCAACUAAUGAGUGAAGAUGUAAUUACAACCUCUUUCGCAUCCCUUCCCUCAAACCCGCAAAGGUCUUUACCAUAUUCUGAAUGAAAAAUGAACAACUUGCCACUUUCAGGCUUCCUUAUAUUUCACAGGGUUCAAGCGUUUUCUUUCUUCAAUUUUACUGUACUAUAUUGUCAGAAACAGAUCAUUAUUUAGGAAUGACUUGUAGAAGACUGAAUAAGUGGUAUUUUGUGUGCUCUAUCCACUUUUCCUCUGAAUUCCAUUUCAAAGCAUUUAGAAUAGACUAGAUGUUUGAAAGUUCACUGUAUUGAUACACAAUAAGUGUUUAUUUGUGUGAAACCCAGAAAUAUUUAUAACUUGAAAGAUGUUAAUUGCUGUAUUUCCCGAUAGUAGAAACAUAGUUUGAGAUUGUAACUGGGGCGGCUGAUUAAUUUGUCACUGACUUGAAGUAAUGUAUAAUAAUGUAGUUACAUGUGUAAUAUAAAAGUAUUAUUAAAGGUUAUAGUAAAUUACAGUCG